AUGGCGGAGCCUUUCACUCGCUCCGUGUCGCAGCUCGUCUGCGCUCAGAUUUGCGAGUCUUUUGGCUUCCAGUCCAUCCAACGGUCAGCGUUGGAGACCCUAUCCGACAUCCUGACUCGUUUCAUCACCAGCGUCGGCGACGCCGCACACGCGCACGCGGAGCUCGCAGGGCGAACCGACGCUAACGCCAACGACGUCGCUCUCGCUUUAUCCGACGUCGGCACGUCGCUCGGCGAUCUCGCUCGUUUCGUCGAAUUCGCGGACGACAUCUCGUCGCCGUCGUUAGCACAAGCCGUCCCGUCCUUCCCCGUGCCCAGAAAUCCGCGCUUCGUCGCCGCCAGUUUUCUACAGAGCGGGGAGGACCCUCCUCCACGUGGCGACAUUCCCGAGUGGCUACCGGCGCUGCCGGAUCCCCACACGUACAUUGCCACGCCUGUGUGGGAGGCUCGGGGGCAGGACAAGCGGCAGGAUCGGGUGGAGGAGGGGCGAGAGCGGCGGCGCGCGGAGCAGUCACUCGUGUCGCUGCACCAGCGCAUGGGGAUGGUCACCGCAGGCGGCGCGCAGGCGCGCGGUGGUGCUGGCGGCGGGCGGCUGCUGUGGGGCGGAUGGUCCCACGUUGGCGCGGGGGAAGACCUCCCCGCAAGGCCAGACGCGGGGAUCUCCGCCCCCGUUGCCUCUGGCGCGGCGCCCACGGUGCGCAAUGAUGAUGACGCUGAGCGGGGCGAAGGGCGGAAGAAGCGGAGGAGGGAUGCAGAUGGCGGGUGGGUGGCGGUGGAGGGCGGGGAGGAGAGGAAGGGUGGUGGCAGUGGGGCCGAGGGAAGUCAAGCAGAGGGAAACAAGGGCGAGAGGGUGAAGGAGGUUGGGUGGAGUGGAUGGUCUGCAGUGGAGCGGGUUUCAGGUGCGAGUGCCCCGGGAGUGUCGUUCCACCUAGGCAGCAAGAUCAAGGCCAAGCUUGGAGCUGCCAGGAUGCAGUUGCCUGUUGUGCUGCGGCAGCCAAAGCUUAAGGGCGGGCAAGUUUGGAGUGAUGGAAUUGGGAAAGGCGAGGAGGACAAGGAGAGGAAGGGGAAGGAGAAGAGGGAAAAGGGGAAGGAUGAUGAGAGGGAUGAGAAAAGAAAGAGGGCAGAGCAGAUACUGGAGCAAGCAGAGAGGGAGGCAGCAGAGGCAGGCAUGGGAGAUGGUAGAUAG